UUAAACUCAUAAAAUAAAUUAUAAAUUUAUUUUUUUGUUAAUUAAAUUUACUAAAAUGACGUCAUUUUACUUAGAGCACCCACAUCGGUAUUGCAUUUCUAAUUGAAAAAUGACAUGACAUAGAUUUUUGCAAUUGCAAAACCAAUUACACUGAUGUGGUCACCCAUUGCAUAUUUGCAAGCUUGCAACAAAUGCAAUUGCAGAUGAAAGCCAAACUGUCCUUAAGAAGUGAGAUUCUUUAUUUUUCUUUUUCCUUAUUUUAUCAUAAUUUAAAAAUAAUAUUUAAGUACAUAUGAAAUUGCAAAUGGAUCGCAUUGGUGUAAGCACAAUGAUAUUAAUAUGAGUUGGAUUGCAAAUACAUUGAGGUGGCAAUUAAAACAUCAUACGCAAUUGAUUUUGCAAUUACAUUGAUGUAAGUGCUCUUAAAAAUCGUAAAUCGAUAAGGUUGUCAACCUGCGGGUCGACCCAUUUUGACCGUGACCCGAUUAGAAAAACGGCCGCACGCACCCGUCGGGUCGACCGCUACAAGGUACCGGGUUGGUGGUCAAAUUGCGUCAUUUUUUUUCUUUGGUUUGCGAAAUGCGCCUAUUUUCCGAUUUUUCUUUUCGCCUAAUUCAAUCUUUGAAAUACUAAGUUGAGCAUUUGAAUAUUGAUAUUAUAUAAGUGUGUGAAUUUUCACUUUAUGCUGGAUUUAAAUACGACAUGUUAUUUUAGUGUAAUAUUAUAUGUUAUAACUCAUAUGUUAGAUAAGAUUUGAUAUAAUUUAUGAAGAUAAGUACAAUAUAAUGACUCUUUCCAUAUUUCCGAGCCAAACCGGAUUAAAACGGUUGACCCAUUAACUCUUGACCCACUUGCUCGACCGGGUCCGGGUCAACCUGCGGGUUAACAACCUUGUAAAUCGAUCAUAUUGAUCAUAUCGAUGGUGUUUAUGCUGAUUUCAUAACUUAAUACCAAUUGAACCAGGUUCAACCAAUGACAUGUCGUCUAGCGCGAGAGAAGAACGGAAGAAGAGGAAGAGAAAAGCAAGGGAACGGCUACGGUGCUAAUUGUACAAUAGUUAGCACCGUCCUAACCAAGGGAAAAACUACUCCUAGUUUGAAUUAGUAGUGAUUUAGCUUAGAUGUUGUAUUGAUUUUAUAAUAAUCCGUAGUGAUUUCGUUAUUUUUAGUAGCGUUUUUUGCUAGUUAUUACGAUGCUAACCCCUAUAAGGAUUAGCACCUAAUCCCAUCCCGAAAAGCAAAAGUCAGUAAAUCGAAUUAUUAAGGAAGACAUGGGCUGGAAUCAAUCAAAAUCCACCCAAAGGCGAGUCCGAGUCCGAGUCCAUGAAUCCCACCAUUGUUCCUCUCUCUGUCUCGCUCUCAUCAUUUGCAUGUGAUGCUCACCGACACCGCCAGCUGCAUUAACUAAAUAACAACCCAGCAGAGUGAGAUGCAGGACUCGGGAGGCAGUUUGUUCCCCUACGCCCACCCAUAUUCCUCCUCUUGCAAUGCUCCCCAUUCUGUCGCCACGUCUUCUUUACAAACCCACCCCAAUGGUUAUGAUGGCUAAAUCUCUCCGGUUCAUGGUCCAUGGUCUACAAACAGCAGCGAAUCCAAAAUUGAGUAGAGCACUGGACCACAUUGGAAAAAAGGCAGAGAGGAUUGAGCUGUAACAUGACGAACACCGAAAUGAGCACCAAAAAGUCAAAAAUUUACAAGUGCUAUACUAGCUCCGGAUCGAGGUAGGGCUGGGUCGUGGCCCGGGAGCGGCCCCCCAGAUCCGCCGCUGUCUACAAAUAAUUUGGUUCAUUAGUCUUGAUUCAGAUGGAUGAAUUUUUCCUUUCUGAGACUUGCUUUGAUUACUUAACAAUGAAGCCAUAACAAUUUUUUUGCUGAAUUCGAAGAUAUGAUAUCAGUAGAUUAAGUACAGAGUUACCGGAAAUUCUUCAAAAUUUGAAGAUAAAAUUGUACGUAACAAAUUAUGAUAAAAUUCAGGACGUAAAAUAAACGAAUUAUUUCAUUUCUAUGUCAUUGCAUCAAAUUGGUUCAUUCGAAUGAUCACUUAUGUGUAGUUUGAAAGUUGAGAUUACAGAUUAUAUAUUUAGAUAAUACAUGUAAUUAGCAGGAUUUAUUGUCCUUUUUGUGUUAAGAUGAAACACAAUACUUGUAUUUGAGCAGAAGACGUGAUCACCAAAGUCACCCAUUUGUCAAUAUCUAUUUGUUUCUCUUUUAUGUUUUAGGGGCCCUAAAAAAAAUCAUUCAACUCGCAAACAAUAAUAUUUUUUUUUCAAAUUCAUACGUUCAAACAAUACAUCUCAUCAAACUACAUGAAUCAAUUGAAUUCAUCAAUUUCGGCCUUAGUUUCCAAUUCCUGGUUAUACCAGUGACCGGCCAGCACGGCAUGGUUUGACCACUGCCAAGCCAACUCAACCACCAUCGAAAUCAACGGCGGAGGAAGAAACAAACUCCCCCGCAUUUAUUUAACCACCCGCACCCCAACACUUACCCUCAACGCGCCCUUAUCAUCCCUGUCCUCCCUCUUUCGCCUUCGUUGCUCAACUUCAUCCCCCAUCUUCUUCUCUCCAUUGAAGCAACACAAACCACCAAGCAGCAGCAGCAGCAGCAAUGGCUCCUAGAUUCUUGUUGUUCGUUGCUCUCUGCGUUCUCCCUGCUCUCGUCGCCGCCACUCGCCCUGCUCGCAACCCUUUCCUCGUCCGCGGCAAGGUCUACUGCGACACUUGCAACUUCGGCUUCGAAACCCCUAAAUCCACUUCCAUCGCUGGUGCGACGGUGAGGAUUGUGUGCAAGGACAGGAAAUCCAACAAGGUAGUGUACCAGAGAGAAGGCAAGACGAACUCCGAAGGAAACUACGAGAUCCAGGUCGAUGAAGACCACGAAGACCAAGUGUGCGAUGCUAAAGUUGUUCGUAGCCCGCAGCUGGACUGCUUCAAGACUUCCUCCGGCCGGGAUCAGGCUCGCGUGAUCUUGACGGAGAACAACGGGAUUGCGUCCAGGGAAAGGUACGCGAACGCCAUGGGCUUCUCCAAGGAAGGAACCGUUGCUGGUUGUUCCCAGCUUCUGAGCCUUUACCAGGACAAUGAAAAUUAGAGGCUCUGAUGGUGUGGUGUUAGAGGGAAGUAAUAUGGGCGCUUGCCUCCAUUGAUUUUCUAUUUUGUUAUAUCGUUGCUCGAAAGGAUGUUUUUUUUUUGUUGUUGUUGUUGAAGAUGACUCGUGUUCUACUGAUGGUCUGUUGAUUUAGUUAUCCACUUAUGAAUGGACUGGAUCCCGCCGGUGUCUUGGCCACCUGAAGUUCAUAUUAAUUAUGUAUACAAUUACGCUUCCACAAUAUGUUAAUGACAUUUUCCUGUUCUCUUUGGAACGUGAUUAGUUGCUAACCUCUUUGAGGUCAGCACUAUGCUAACUAAGCUAAUAGUUAUAAAAUAGAAAACAAUCCUAUAGUGUCCAUUUAUAGUGUCGGAAAUUAAAUGGAGGAUAAUUUAGUCAAUAAUUUCUCAAACUUUAAUAUAUAUUAAUUUUCCUCUCUUGUGCGACGACGAGUGUCGAAAUUAGCGUAGUGGCCCUCACCUCACCUACUCUUAGGGAAGUCAAUGGGUAGGGUCGGGUGCGGGUACACCCUAUACCAUAUCCUAACCCGCCGGGUAUGACCGGCUAAAAUACCCGAUAAAAUAACCAUCGGGUAUUGAAAUGAUAUAACCAUACCCUAACCACGGAUAUUCGGGUAACCACGGGUAUGAAUUUAUCAUCAAGCUGUAAAUAAUUAUAUUCUAAAAUAAUACUACCAUAUGAACUUAUAUAAGUACAUCAACCAUUAGAUCCACCUAAUUGACAUAAGCAUUGAUGAAUUUCACAUCGAUGACAAUUGUUGGUUCAUUUCUAACAGCUAGACACACAUACUAAUGAAAAUUCAUCUCGCACUCUUCCGACAAUGUUGAUAGUAUGUGCUCACAAUAAAGCCAACAAUUCUGAAUAUAAAACAUGAGAAAAAAGCUCAACAAAUUGGAAUGGGAAACAAUUACACGUACAUUUUGUCCAUUAAAGCAACAAUUCACAACACACAAGAUGCAGAUGCGAAGCCAACAAAAGUUUUGGGGUAUGGAAAUUGAAAGAAUGAAAUUGGAAAUAUUUAUAUGAAUGGUGCUAGCUUACAACCAUACAUAAUUAUGGGCGGGUACAACCGAGGCGGGUAUGGGUGAUAAUCGUGCCCGUACCCUACCUGUUAUUUUGAAACAGGGUAUUAUCAGUACCCGCCCCUUAACCCGUCAAAGCGGGUAAUUACCCUCGUUGACCGGUUAGGGUCGGGUAGGAUAUCCAUGGUUACAGGUUGGAUUGACAUCCCUACCUGUUAUACUAUCAAUUUUGCCAAUGUCGUCACCAUCUUCGCCUCUCCCAGCAGUUGAUGGUGUUGCGGCCUUGAGUUUGUUUCCGGAUCUCCUGAAUCAUAUGUUGUGGCCUCGAGUUUGUUUCCAGAUCUCCUGAAUCAUAUGUUGCGGCCUUGAGUUUGUUUCCAGAUCUCCUGAAUCAUAGAUCUCUAACUUCGCCUCUCCCAGCAGUUGAUGGUGUUGCGAUCUUGAGUUCGUUUCCAUAUCUCCUGAAUCAUAUGUUGCCGCCUCGAGUUUAUUUUUAGAUGUCUUGAAUCAUAGGUCUCUAACUUCGCCUCUCCCAACACCUGAUGGUAUGCAUGAUCAAAAUGGUCGGUUGGUGGGUGAAUCUCGCGUUUAUUUGGCAUCGAUCUUGAGUUGUUACAUCUAAUCGAGUGCAUCCUAUUAUGAUGACUGAGAGUGCAUUAGGGUUGUGUAAAAGCUUAGUUCUCAUGUGUGCUUGAAUGAAUGGAGGUUACUUAU